UGGUAGAAAAGCCGAAAGUGAAAACUGAAAUAUCUGGCCGACGCCGUAAAGCAUAAGAGAGAGAAACAUUUCUUUAAAGAAAACCUUAAAAGCAAAAUUUUAUCGCUCUUUGUCUGUCUCUUUGAAAUCAUUUCCCAUACCCCAAACAUGUCGUUCGUCGGGGAAGUCAGCAGCGGCGGCGGCGGCGCUAGCACCGUCGGCGUAAACAAUAAGCAGUUCUUUUGCUACCAAUGCAACCGUACCGUCAGUAUAACUAUCUCUCCUUCAUCUGAUCCCUCUUGUCCCUUAUGCAACGAUGGAUUUCUCGAAGAAUACGAAAACCCUAACCUUAAUCCAGGAUCCGCCUUCCAUAACCCGAACCCGAACUUUAACCCAUUCUCUGACCCCUAUUUAACGAUGUCGGAUCCUGUCUCCUCCUUCCUCCAGCUCCUUUUUCCUUCCUCCUCUUCAUCAUCCCCUGCUUCCGUCGGGUCGACCCGUUCUGGCAGUGGCGACCCGUUCUCUUUCGAUCCAUUUGCCUUCAUUCAAGGUCAUCUCAGCGAUCUACGUUCACGCGGGGCGCAAAUCGAGUUCGUGAUCCAAAACAAUCCGUCCGAGCCGGGCUUUCGGCUUCCGGUGAACAUCGGUGAUUAUUUCAUCGGACCGGGCCUCGAGCAACUAAUCCAGCAGCUGGCCGAAAACGACCCUAACCGGUACGGAACCCCACCAGCAUCGAAAUCAGCCAUGGACACGCUACCUUCGGUGAAGAUUUCGAAGCAUAACUUGAGUUCGGAGUUCAACCAGUGCGCAGUUUGCAUGGACGAGUUCGAGGAUGGAACUGAAGCAAAACAGAUGCCCUGCAAGCAUCUUUAUCAUAAGGAUUGCAUAUUUCCGUGGCUAGAAUUGCAUAAUUCUUGCCCUGUGUGUCGUCACGAGUUGCCUACAGAUGAUCCUGAUUAUGAGAGGAGGGUUCGUGGGGCACAUGGGACUGCUGGUGGCAAUGAUGGUAGUAGUAGUGGUCUUGCCGAUAAUGCGCAGAGGUCUGCCGGGGAUAAUCGAACGGUGGAGAGGAGUUUCAGGAUAUCGCUUCCUUGGCCAUUUAGGGCUCGUGGGUCGGGUUCAGGAUCAGGCGAUAAUGCGGAGACCAGGCAAGAAGAUCUGGAUUGAGAACUAUUGAAAUACAACAAAAAGUAUCAGCAUUUCUUGUAUAAGACAUGAUGAUAGAACAGCCUGUUUCAAAGUUGGGAUAUGCAGAGUUAUGUGUAAACAUGGAGAACUAAGAUUAGUUUGGUAACCUUUUUAAGGAAGUGCUAGUUUUGGUAUUUUAAUAUUACUUGCCCAUCUGAUUUUUUUUUUUUAUAUAUAUAUAACAGAUUUGCUUGUCUAUGACACAGCUUCAUUUACUCUUUGUCACAAUGUAUAGAUUCACUGGUCGAUGCUCAAUUCCCUUUCCUCUUAUAUCAGCAAAA